GGUGGCGGGAGCCAUGGGGGACGGUCGGGCCGAGCACUUCCACGUGAGCACCCCUCUGCUGGAGAGCUGGGCGCUGUCCCAGCUGCUGGGCACCACGGUCUACCUCAAGUGUGAGAACGUGCAGCCGGCCGGCUCCUUCAAGAUCCGGGGCAUCGGGCACUACUGCCAGGAGGUGGCCAAGAGGGGCUGCAGACACCUCGUGUGCUCCUCAGGGGGCAACGCGGGCAUCGCCGCCGCCUACUCCGCCCGGAAGCUGGGCCUCCCCGCCACCAUCGUGCUCCCCGAGGGCUCCUCCCCGCAGGUGGUGAAGCGGCUGCAGGGGGAGGGGGCCGAGGUGCAGCUGGCAGGGAAGGUCUGGGACGAGGCCAACGUGAGGGCGCGCGAGCUGGCCAGGCAGGACGGCUGGGUGGACGUGCCCCCCUUCGACCACCCGCUCAUCUGGGAAGGCCACGCCAGCCUGGUGCAGGAGCUGAAGGCAGCGCUGGGGUCCCCGCCCGGGGCCCUGGUGCUGGCCGUGGGGGGCGGGGGGCUGCUGGCCGGGGUGGCCGCAGGCCUGGAGCAGGUGGGCUGGCAGGACGUGCCCAUCGUCGCCGUGGAGACCCGAGGGGCCGAUUCCUUCCACGCUGCGCUCAGGGCGGGCAAGCUGGUGACCCUCCCGGACAUCACCAGUGUGGCCAGGUGUCUGGGCGCCAAGACGGUGGCAGCGGGUGCCCUGGAGUGCGCACGGCGGGUCAAGGUGGUCUCCGAGGUGGUGGCGGACGCCGAGGCUGUGAGCGCUGUGCAGCGGUUCCUGGAUGACGAGCGGAUGCUGGUGGAGCCCGCCUGCGGGGCCGCCCUGGCCGCCAUCUACUCGGGCCUCCUGGGCCGGCUGCAGGCCGAGGGCCGCCUGCCCUCCCCGCUGGCCUCCGUUGUGGUCAUCGUGUGUGGGGGCAACAGCAUUGACAGCCGGGAGCUGCAGGCCCUGAAAACCCAGCUGGGCCAGAAAUGAAAACCAAGGCUCGUGCUCUGAGA